AUGCUCCGAUCAAGUUGCGAAACCGAGGUUGAGCCAACACUAGACCUAAAGGAACCUGCGACCAAACAGAACUUCUAUCGCUUCGUUUGGGAACCUCGUCUUUUCAGUCCUGGAAUGCAGGCCGAACACUCUGAUCUAGUCAAUAGAGCCUCUAUCAAUCCAUUUUCCUCAUCUAUGAGCUUCAGUAGUCAAGAUCUAGAUCAUCCUGAUGAAGUACUUUCAAGCGCCCAGCAAAAGCUGCCACGCGGUCUUUUUAUUAACUUGCCUGGUGAGCCAUUGCUCACCCUCAGUCUUGACGCGCCUCAUGGAUGGAUGGUUACUCCAGUCCAGGCUGUACACGACCUCGAUAAUCUCCGUCUAUCCGAAGUUAAACCGGAACUUUCAAAUGGAAAUAUGAUGGCUCGGGUCGACGCUGUCUUCGAACUAGAAUACCUUCUGUUGGAGGGGCAUUGUGCCGAGGAAGGUAGCAUGAAGCCUCCUCGAGGGCUUCAGUUUACUCUAGGGACUCGUGCACAGCCUAACCAAUAUGAUACCAUUGUUAUGGCCAACUUAGGCUAUUUCCAGCUUAAAGCCCGGCCUGGAGCCUGGUACCUCAACAUCCGAUCGGGCCGCUCACGUGAUCUUUACAAGAUUACUAGGUCAGCUCUACUUUUUUCCUGUAACUUUACCUUAUCUUUUUUCGCAUGA